CUCUUUUGUUGUCUUUACUGAUAUCUUUUUUUAUUAUUUCCACCGAUAAAACAUAGACUUUUUUACAAGAUGAUGCUUUACAAGUUAGUUGUUCUUGGUGAUGGUGGUGUUGGUAAAACUGCCUUGACCAUUCAACUGUGUCUUAAUCAUUUUACAUACGACCCAACCAUUGAAGACUCAUAUCGCAAGCAAGUCGUUAUUGAUGAUCAACCAUGUGUUCUCGAAGUAUUAGAUACUGCUGGUCAAGAAGAAUAUACUGCAUUAAGAGAUCAAUGGAUCAGAGACGGCGAAGGAUUUUUACUUGUCUACUCAAUCGCAUCUCGAUCAACGUUUGAACGUAUCGAACGUUUCCGCAACCAAAUUUUUAGAGUUAAAGAUGUUGAAAAUGUACCCAUGAUGUUGGUUGGUAACAAGUGUGACAAAGUAACUGAAAGAGAAGUGACUAGAGAAGAAGGUAUUGCUAUGGCUAAACAAUUGGCAUGUGAUUUCAUUGAAACCUCUGCAAAGACCUGCGUUAAUGUCGAAAGGUCAUUUUAUCAAGUUGUCAAGGCAAUUAGAGCCCAAAGAGAAGGCUUGAACCCUGGUGGAUCAAAAGGAAAGAGUAAGAAGGAGAAGAAGAAGAACUGCUUGAUUUUGUAA